AUGAUGAAUUUUCUUGCAUUGAUCUCUGCAUUUGGGAUUAUAGCCAUAGCACAUGAUUUGUUACACCAUGGAUUUACAGAAGCCACUCCAACCUUUAUGUACUUGUCAAAACCCAAAGGAACGGUUCAAACCAUCAAGACUUUAAACGGAGAUAUUAUCGAUUGUGUUAAUAUCUACAAACAAAUAAGUUUCGACAAUCCAUUGAUCAAGAGCUCGCAACUCGAUCUUAACUUGGAGCAGGACUGGCAUAUAUAUGGAGAAUGCCCAUUUCAAACAAUCCCUAUUCUAAGAUCCCGUAGACGUCAAACUUCCUCGUUUCAUUCACUUCCAGCCAUCAAGAAUAUUGUUGCAAUUAAGAAGCAUGAGUAUGCAAUGGUAUCGAAUGAAAAAGGAAACUACUAUGGAGGUUCUGCAAUAUCAGUGUUUCGAAACCUCAAACUGAGGAAGGUCCAUCCCCACAUGUAUGGAGACAAUAUUACAAGGUUUUUCAUAUACUGGACAAAUAAUGGCUAUAAUGGUACAGGAUGUUAUAAUCUCAUAUGCCCUGGCUUCGUGCAAACAAGCCAAACAUUUGCCAUCGGCGCGCCCCUACCGAUAAAUUCCAAAUUGGACAAUACAACAUUGACCGAGAUACAAAUUUCUGUCUAUAAGGCAAAUCAAACAGGUGACUGGUGGCUCAAAGUGCAAAAUGAAACGAUAGGAUAUUGGCCACAUGAUCUUUUCAGCAAUUUAGGUGCAAACUCCAAUCAAAUUUUAUGGGGCGGAGAUGUCUACUCAAAACCAAAACCGUCACGUCGUGGGUUCCACACGACUACUCAGAUGGGCAUUGGGGCAUUUCCUAAACAUUACAAAAUAGCUAGUCAUGUCCGCAAUCUUCAAGUCAUGAAGGAGCCAAAUGAAUGGAAGACUCCUUAUCCUUCGUCUCUUAAAGAAAUUGUAUCAAACUCUAAUUGUUAUGACUUAAAAUUUCCAAGUAUUUUCAAAAGGAAAAGGGAUUGGGGGGUUUACUUUUAUUACGGAGGUUGCGGAUUUUCUUACAAAUGUGUACAAUAA